AUGAGCGAUAACGGUUAUGAGUCGAAGGGAAUGGACUCUUCGUCAUUUGCUAGUAUACUAGCCGGCGUCAAACGAAUGAGAGAAGAGUAUGGAGGCGACCACUCACAUAAUGAUAUCACGAUUCAACCGAAACAGAAAUCCAAUUCAGUAGUACAAACUACCACCACGGAAGCACAUGUUCAGCCGUUGCCUUCGCUACAAGUCAGAAACCAGCUAGUGGAUGUCACAGUGCCGCGAACAACUUUAGAAAAGCCAACAGCUAAACCGGUACCACCUCAUCUCCAGAAUCAACCAUCUCUGCUGAAAACCAUCGCGUCUACCACCACCACUAAUACUACUACUCGUAGUACUAGUAGCAAUGAUGCAGGAUCUAUAAGACAGCUACAGCAGCACACGCAUUCUACGGGUCCGACAGAGGUGCUAGUUCAUAAGUCGCAGGAGAAAAACCCCCUACUAGUUGAGUCAAUGAUGAAGACUACACCAUGGGUAUUUGAUUCGUCGAUACUCUCGGAUUACUACAUUAGUGCCACUUUCCAAAUUCUUUUCCUAUCAUUAAAAUACCACAAAUUAAGACCUGAAUAUAUAUGGACACGAUUAAAGAAAUUAAACAAAGGGUCUUCUUCCACUGUCGUGGCAAGGAAUGAUAAGGUAUUGAGAGUGUUGUUGGUUGUGGUAGACAUAGACUCGCACCAAGAAGCAUUGAGAAAAUUGUCGGAUUUUUGCAUAAAGCAUGACUUGUCUUUAGUAUUGGCUUGGUCUUUUGAAGAAGCGGGCAACUAUAUUGCAUUGGGCAAGCAUUUUGAUAGCGUGCCACAAAAGUCUAAACAGAGUAUUCGAGGGUUUAAGGGAACUGAUUACAACUCGAGUGUUGUUGAAGCGUUCACCACUGUCAAGUCAAUUAAUAAAACCGACGUAUCGAACUUGCUAGCAAAUUGCAAAUCGGUAAAGAGUAUUGUCUUGCAAAGCUGCGGGAAUGACAAUGAGGAAUUGGGGAACAUAGCCGGAUUAGGUUCAGUCAAGCGCGAGAACCUAAAGAAGGUGUUUCUGCAACCUUUUAUAUUUAAUAAAAAUUAUGACAAGUAA